CCUCCAGCUUUCUUCCAAUAUAUUAUAUGGGGGGCACAGCAUUCUUCUGGAUCAUUUAUGCAAUCCAAGCUGAUAAUUGUCAUGAAAGAUUACGGAUUGGUUGCCGUAAUGUCGUAGGAAGACGCGUCUGCUAUUUUGAUGAGCAACGAAUAUGUUUUAAAUCAUUUAAUAACGAAUGUGAAAUGCAACUGUUUGCCUGUCAUUAUAGGAAGACUCUAGCACGUUACGACAACAAAUUCUGCGAACUAUUGCAAUUUAUGUGCAAUGAGGAUUUGAAUCGUUAUAAAUGGCCGCCCGAUUAUUUUGAACAACAAAUUGCUACCAUAUAUAAAAAAAGAGACCGAAAUCCCUACAACAACGGCUUAUAUAUCAACAAUUUUCAAGCGAACUAGGCAAACGGUAAUUAAAUGCUUUAGUGCUUGCUUUGCUUGCUUUACACUUGUAAU